GGGCCCCAACCUGGAUGUUACAGACAAGGAUGUUACAAAUUUCCCCUCCCCCAGUCCCUGAAAGCAAAUCCCCGCCCCUCCACAUCAAAUCAGGCACAGCCUGUUGCACAAACUCCAAGGCCUUAUGACACAAUGGAUGCAGGACACAUGCCUGUGUACACACAGUCACAGAUCCUCCAUCUCACACCUACAAAGACCAGCACAUCUGGCCGGGCGCAGUGGCUCACACCUGAAAUCCCAACACUUUAGGAGGCAGAGGCAGAGGGAUUAUUUGAAGUCAGGAGGUCGAGACCAUCCUGGGCAACAUAGCAAAACCCUUUCUCUCCAAAACAACAAACAAACAAACAAAAAACCCAGCACAUUUCACAUGGACUCAGGCGCAGACAGACACAGGGAGGGGGGACUAGCUAGGAGUUCCUGGCAGGAUGUCAAUAUCUGGGCUGUAGGGGUCCUGCCAGAGUCCUCCAUGGUAAUGAUGCAUGGAGUCCACCCAGUGGCUGUGGUCAGCCAGGGGAGUGCCAGAGGGGCACUGUUCUCCAGUUGUGGGACUGAGGGUCCCCUUCUCAGCCCUGAUGAAGACUGGGUCCCUGCCCAGAUGUGAAGGCUGGAGGGGGCAGGCCGGGGUCCAGCUGUGGCCACAGGGAGGGGUUGAGUCAGCCACUUCCCAGCAGUACAACCCAGGCUGGGCCCAGCUGUUCCUGGAAACCAGUAGGAGGGGGUGGGCUUCCCAAUCCAGCUGGGGGCUGCUGGCCCAGACCUGCACACCAGGGUUCUAUGUCCCUACAAAUGGCGGCCUUCAGACCAUCCCCUAAAACGUUGGGGGCUCUCUUUACCUAAAACGGGUUUGGAUCCUUCUUCCAAAAUAUGGAAGGUUUUCAGCCCUUCUUGCUGAACUAAAGGUGCCUGGAUCUCUGCACAGCAGGGUCCCUGUGUUUCAAAACAGAGAUUGCUGCUCUCUUCCCUGCUGACAUAGAAGCUCACUGCUUUUCCCCAAAUGCCGCCCCAAAAUGGAGGGUUGUGCUCCUCCCCCAAAUUGAGCACACCCAGACUUUUCCUUAAGUCUGGGGACUCCUGGCUCCCGGAACAUCUGGGACGCCCACAACAUCACGCCAACAUUAGGACAAUUUAAGUCAAUUUCCCUAAAUAUUUGGAUUUCCAGAUUUCUCCUGAACAUCAAAAUCCCUGCGACCCCCGCCCUAAUGUGGUGAUCUCAGCAUGUCCAGUCACCCAUGCUUGUAACAGCUGUGGUUCCUGGCUCACCUCCAACUGCUACCUGGGAACGGGGUGGCCCUGUUUCCCUGUAUUGGCAGCACCCUCGCCUCUGGUGAAUGCGAGGUGGGGGAGCCAACAGCAGCUGUUCCCACGACCGCCGGAAGACAGCCCAGUCCGGAAACCAGCGCUGCCGGCCCUUGUCCCCAUCCCCCACUAUCCUCUCCACCCGCUCCCAGGGGCUGGAGUCUGGAAAACCACGCGGGAGGAGGUUGUGGGGACGUGGACGAGCAUCCGAGGUCCCCGGGUGCGUACGGCUGCGCAUGAGUAGGCUGUAAUCGGGUGUCUGGGGUUACAGACGUUCCAUGUUCCGUCUUCCUGUGCCAGCCCUCAGGACCUGAGCAGCGGCCUUGCCAUAGCCUAUGUGCUGAACCAGAUAGACCCCUCCUGGUUCAACGAGGCAUGGCUCCAGGGCAUCUCAGAAGAUCCAGGUCCCAAUUGGAAGCUGAAGGUCAGCAAUCUGAAGAUGGUCUUACGGAGCCUGGUAGAGUACUCCCAGGAUGUCCUGGCGCAUCCUGUGUCAGAAGAGCACCUCCCAGAUGUGAGCCUCAUUGGAGAGUUCUCAGACCCAGCAGAGCUCGGCAAGCUGCUUCAGCUGGUGCUGGGCUGUGCCAUCAGUUGCGAGAAAAAGCAGGAGCACAUCCAGAGAAUCAUGACGCUGGAAGAAUCGGUUCAGCAUGUGGUGAUGGAAGCCAUCCAGGAGCUCAUGACCAAAGACACUCCUGACUCCCUGUCACCAGAGACAUAUGGCAACUUUGAUAGCCAGUCCCGCAGGUACUAUUUCCUAAGUGAGGAGGCUGAGGAGGGGGAUGAGUUACAGCAGCGCUGUCUGGACCUGGAGCGGCAGCUGAUGCUCCUGUCAGAGGAGAAGCAGAGCCUGGCACAAGAGAAUGCAGUGCUGCGGGAGCGGGUGGGCCGGCCUGAAGGCGAGGGUACCCCAGGUCUCACUGCCAAGAAGCUGCUGCUGCUGCAAUCCCAGCUGGAGCAGUUGCAGGAGGAGAACUUCAGGUUGGAGAGUGGCAGAGAGGAUGAGCGCCUGCGCUGUGCCGAGCUGGAGCGGGAGGUUGCGGAGUUGCAGCACCGGAACCAGGCGCUGACCAGCCUGGCCCAGGAGGCACAGGCCCUGAAGGAUGAGAUGGAUGAGCUGCGGCAGUCCUCGGAGCGUGCUGGGCAGCUGGAGGCCACGCUGAACAGUUGCCAGCGCCGCUUGGGAGAGCUGAGGGAGCUGCGGCGGCAGGUGCGGCAGCUGGAGGAACGCAAUGCUGGCCACGCCGAGCGCACGCGGCAGCUGGAGGAUGAGCUGCGCCGAGCUGGCUCCCUGCGCGCCCAGCUGGAGGCGCAGCGGCGGCAGGUGCAGGAACUGCAGGGCCAGCGGCAGGAGGAGGCCAUGAAGGCCGAGAAAUGGCUAUUUGAAUACCGCAACCUGGAGGAAAAGUAUGAGUCGGUGACAAAGGAGAAGGAGCGGCUGUUGGCGGAGCGGGACUCCUUGCGGGAGGCCAAUGAGGAGCUGCGCUGCGCCCAGCUGCAGCCGCGGGGAUUGACCCAGGCCGAGCCCUCAUUGGAUCCCACCUCCCCACCCAUGGAUAACUUAGCCGCGGAGAUCCUGCCUGCGGAGCUCAGGGAGACGCUCCUGCGGCUUCAGCUGGAGAACAAGCGGCUGUGCCGGCAGGAGGCGGCCGACCGCGAGCGGCAGGAGGAGCUGCAGCGCCACCUGGAGGAGGCGAAUCGUGCACGCCACGGGUUGGAGACGCAGCACCGGCUGAACCAGCAGCAGCUAUCUGAGCUGUGGGCCCAGGUGGAGGACCUUCAGAAAGCCCUGCAGGAGCAGGGGGGCAAGACUGAAGACGCCAUUUCCGUCUUGCUAAAAAGAAAGCUGGAGGAACAUUUGCAGAAGCUUCAUGAGGCAGAUCUGGAGUUGCAGAGGAAGCGGGAGUACAUUGAGGAGCUGGAGCCACCCACUGACAGCAGCACAGCCCGACGGAUCGAGGAGUUGCAGCAUAACCUGCAGAAGAAGGACGCGGACUUGCGGGCCAUGGAGGAGCGAUACCGCCGCUACGUGGACAAGGCCCGCAUGGUCAUGCAGACCAUGGAACCCAAGCAGCGGCCGGCUGCAGGGGGACCUCCAGAACUCUGUUCCCUAAGGACACAGCUCCGAGAACGUGAUGUCCGCAUCCGGCACCUGGAGAUGGACUUUGAGAAAAGCCGAAGUCAGAGGGAGCAGGAAGAAAAGCUGCUCAUCAGUGCCUGGUAUAAUAUGGGCAUGGCCUUGCAGCAGCGAGCUGGGGAAGAGCGGGCGCCUGCCCAUGCCCAGUCAUUCCUGGCACAGCAGCGGCUGGCAACCAAUGCUCGCCGUGGACCCCUGGGACGCCUGGCAUCUCUGAACCUUCGCCCCACUGACAAGCACUGACUUCAGGAUCCAGCCAGCCUGGGCUCCACCCACUCUGGCUUCCUCCAACUCACAUGGCGCCCAGCAUUGGGCUUCAGCCAGCUGCUCGAGAACUUUGAGGCCAAGAUCUCUGCCCUUCCCUCUCCCAGAUUGGUGGGGAGGGAGAGUGGGAGGUAGGUAUAGGCCUGUUCUUUUUAGCAAUGUGAUUCUUAUCGUUGAUUCUCUCUCUGGAGUUCGUGUGCUGCCUGGGGAGACUCUGAUUUUAUAUUUGAGAAAAAUAAAGACUUUCAAUCUGC